AUGAAAGUCCCUGCUCUUUUCGCGCUUCUUGCUGCUUCCUUCAAGGCCAUCACCGCCCACCCCCUCGAUGCCAUCGACCUCGACAACUCCCCAAACGCCGCCCAAGUCCUCGAGGCCGCCGGCUUCAAAAUCAUCCCCACCACCUUCACGGGCCCCUGGGGCUCCAACGGCGAGGACCUAGCCCUCACCGGCACCAUCCAAGAAGUUGUCGAGCAAGUCAAGAAACUGAACCCCAACUACGACUUCGGCCUCCCCGAGCACCACAGCACCUCCCAGUCCUCCUCCGGCGGAGACCCCGACCCCGACGACGACAUGGUCGACCUCCAACCCGAGAUCGAGGUCGCCAACGCCGACUGCUCCAAGGGCGAGUGGGCCAACCUCGACAGGAUCAAGCAGGGCAUCGACUACCUCCGCGUGGUGCCCAAGGACCACGCCGUCAUGAAGGGGAAGGGAUGCGGACGCGUUAGCUGCUCGAAUAAUUCGGCGAUUUACCUGUGCUGGGAGCCCAGGACCGACCGCCAGGAGUAUCACAGGACUUGGAACUACGUGGCGGAUUAUGCGGUUACGGUUACGGAUAUUGUUUGUCCGCGCUUGGGCGGUAAGCACUUGCAGACCAAGGGCAAGAUUUGGGAUCCGAUGGGCAUGGGGGUUCUCGUCACUGCCGACAAGUGUUAA